GGAGCUUUAUACUGUACAACUCCUUUGAUUUAGGUUGUUGUUGAAAAGAAAAGAAGGCAAAAAUGCAGGCUAUUAAGGACAAGAUCAGUGAAAUGGGAGCCAUGAAGCAGGUCAAGGAAGAGGCUAGGGCUGAAGAGAAGGCCGAGAAAGAAAUAGCGAAAGCCCGAGCAGACAUCGCUCAUGAGGUGAGAUUGGCAAAAGAGGCGGAAGCAGCAAUGUCGCAUCAUGUCGCCAAGGCCGGAGAAAUUGCUAGAGCCGGAGAACACAUGGCGAAUGAGCAGUUGGCGAAAAUCGGGGGAUCUGAAGCAGCGGCCAGGGCAGGAGGAGGGGGUGUUCCUAAUAACGCCGCUUCUAACCCUCUUCCUACUUCCAACAUGUCUCCCCCAACUUAUAACAAAAUGUCUUAGUUCUUGCAUAUAGUACUCUUUACCUAUAUACUAUGCAUGUACUCUGAUUCUUUGCAUGCAUAUAGGUUUUAUGCAUGAGUGUCCAAUGUAAUUGUCUAUGUCAAUGUUCGUGAUAGGCUACCUAAUACAAUUUCGCACCCCAUAUGCGAGGUGUGUAUACGUAUAAUGUAAUUGUUAUAAGUUGUACUGGAAAGGUAUUAUAAUACAGAUGUAGAUGUAUAAGAUG